AUGGUAAGUGGAGAGAGAAACUCUACGGUGGAGGAGAUUGGGUUUCUGGCCGGAGGCCGCCCGCCUGAUCGCGCAAAGCAGAGGCUCAUUACGGAUUUCCUGCAGCCCCGCCUAUCUUUUGGAACAGGUUGCACGCCUGCACCUGCUGUGCCUAUUGUGGAUGUUUGCAAUACUGGCCUUUCUUCCCUCCCUAAGAAAUCAUUCUCUAAGGCGGUUGGAGGCGUUCUCCCUGAUGUUGCCGACCUACCUGACCCUAUUCAUGCUGGAAAUCUCACUAAAAUCGUGAUUCCCCAAGAUGCCUAUGAGGAACGUCUUCUCCGAUAUCGCUUUGCUUUGGUGGCCAGAAUAAAUUUUCGGUUUAUUUCUUUGGAUGAAGUUCGGAAGGAAGCUGUGAAUUCUUGGAAACUUAAAGAGAAGGUUUUUAUAAAACCUAUGGGAUUAGGCUACACUUUAUUCCAAUUUGAGGCUGAGAAAGACAUGACAAACAUCUGGAAACAAAGUCCUAUCAAGAUCGGACGGCAGUUUAUUCGCUUCCAGCGGUGGAAGCCGGAUUUUAAUAUCCAUGAUAACUCUCCUAUUUCUAAGCUUGUCUGGAUUCGUUUUCCUGGGCUCCCCUUCGAAUAUUGGCACGAGCGGAUCCUCCUUUCCAUGGCAAAAGCCGUGGGGCGCCCCCUGGACAUUGAUAAAAGAACACGAAAUGCAUCCAUAGGGAACUUUGCUCGUGUCCUCGUGGAGAUGGAUAGUUCAGUGCAGCGGUUGGAAGAAAUCCAGGUUGAACGGCGACAACCUGGAACAGGUGAUCUUUUUUGGUUCAAACAAAAAAUCAUAUAUGAAGACGCUUUGGGAAAGUGUGGUUUUUGUAAAAAACUUGGUCAUACCAUCCAAAACUGUAAAGAGAAACGCAUCACCGAUGCCGCACGCAAAGACAAGGAUGAUGCUUGUGGUGUUGUUGGGGCUGUUUGGGUGGAGAAGUCGUCUUUGGGGGCGGCUGGUUUGGAGAUUUCCGGCAGGAAUGGUGGUGAGCCCUCAAUAGGAAAGAAUUCAAAUUCAAAAUUGCCAACCAUCUCCCAUAAUUGUGAUCCAGCUUUGUAUGGAAACUUGGAUACGCAAGAGGGGAUUUUAGCUAUUGAGUUACCUUUUUUAGAAGGAUCUUCCUCAGCCAAUUUGAGGAAUAAUCCAAUUGCAGAUCGAUUGGAUGACCCAUGCAACAGAGAUGGUUCGGUUCCUUUACACGGGUCAAACAAACCCAAUAUGGUGAACCAAACCACUGAGACUAACUCAAUUCCAGAACAUGGCAUUCUGGUUUCUCCAGGUUGUGCGGCUAAUCCAGUUCUGAUUACUGGCUCUUGUCAACUCUCUGUCCACAGUGAUCAUGUGAUAAAUUCCAUUACUUCAAGUGCUAUGGAUAAUGGUCAUCUCACCCUCCACUACCCGGAAGUUGGCGCCAUUGAUGCUGCUGCCCUCCAGAAGGAACAAUGCCACGGCAUGGAAACAGUUUCAAGAAAAAAAGAGGGAUGAAGAAGGCUGCUGGUCGUGCAACUCUCAGCAAUAUUCUCCU